AUGGAGAGCAUCCCUGCUGAACUUGUAAAGAACGAAACCCAAAGUUUAGUGAACUUGGUGGAAAAUGAAGCUCAAUAUAUAUGUUGCUUCAAUAGUUAUGUUCAAGAGUAUGAGCAGGCAAAGGGAAGAUUGAAAGCAAAACUCGAAGAUGUAAGGAGAAUAAUUAAUCAAGCUAGAGGUGUUUCUCUUGUCACAUCUGUAGCACUACAAUGGACACGUGAAGCUGAAGAACUCAUUGAUAUUGACACUAAGAAAGAGAAAUGCUUUAAUGAUUUGUGUCUUAAUUGCUGGCCUCAAUAUCAGAAAGGUAGAGACUUGGCGAAGAGGACUCUAGAUAUUGACAGACUUCUAAAGAGAUGUAACUUUGAUAUAGUGGCAGGUCUAACUGAUCUUCUAGGUAUAAAAUACCAUUGCUUACCAAAUUUCAGGCAUUUUGACAGCAGAAAGUCAAUAUUUAAAGAACUUCAAAAGGCACUAGAAGAUGAAGAAAACAAUAUGAUUGGACUAGAAGGCUUAGGGGGAACAGGCAAAACUUCAAUGGCAACUAAAGUGAGUGCUGAAUUGGAAGGAUCCACAUUCAGCAAAGUCAUCUUUCUUGUUGUCUCUAAGCUUCCAGAUUUGAAACAUCUUCAAGGUGAAAUUGCUGGACGUUUGGAUUUGAAAUCAGAGGAUGGAGAGUACCACGAAAAAAUAUUGACCAAAAUCAAAGCAUUAAAAGAGAAACUUCUUAUAGUACUAGAUGAUGUGUGGAUGGAGUUUGAUCUCAGGAAAGAGUUGGGGAUUCCUCCUCCCCACUUGCACAAGGGUUGCACUAUAUUGAUAACCACCCAAAGCAAAGAGAUUUGUACAAAAAUGGAUUGUCAAAGGAUCAUUCAUCUACAAGCAUUGACUGAUAAGGAAGCAUUGCAACUUUUCCUCGAGCAUGCUAAUAGCUCCUCUACUUCAGAGAAUCUGGCGCAAAAAAUUGUGAAGCAUUGCCAUGGAGUACUAGUUGUAAUUGUAGCUGUAGCAAGAUCAUUAAAAGAUCGACCUUUUAAAGUUUGGACGGAAGCCUUGAGGAACUUGCAAAGUGGUGAGUCAAUAUUCAAUGUUCGUGAUGAAGAUUUGAAGAAGGUCUAUGAAGGUUUAAAGUUAAGCUAUGAUAAUUUGAGAAAUGAAAAAGCCAAAAAGCUCCUAUUGAUAUCUUCUCUAUUCCCCGAAGAUUUUAAUAUUCCCAUGGAGUUUUUAAUUAGAAUUGGUGUAGGAAUGGGCCCUUUUGGUAAGGAAGUUGAUGACUACAAUAAAAGAAAAAGAAAAGCACUUGAUGCUGUAGUGGAACUCCUAGCAUGCCCAAAGCCAGAGGAGUUGGUUUUUUGGAGUAAUGAUUAUGUCAAGCAGGAAGAAGAUACAAUUUCUCAAAAACCAGGUAGUUUAACGCAUUUAAUCUCUGAGGCAACAUUUAGGCAACUUGCAAGAACAGUUGAGCUUCUUAGCUUAAGUGGGUAUGGAAAACAGAAAAAUCUUAUCCCUGACAUUGUUCCAGUAGAUGACACAGGUAUGACUGACUUGAUCAUUCUUCAAUUGGAUUCUUGGCCUGACAUGCAAUGUCUCAUUGAUGGUGUGAACAAUCGCUUUGACGUGAAUAAUGCCUUUUCCAAUUUAGUUGGACUAUAUCUUUCUGAAAUGGGACUAAGCAAUAUAUUAUUUAAUGGCCACUAUAACCUGUCUCAUCUGAAGACCUUGAAACUGAAGGAGUGUCGAAAGCUGACAUCAAUUUUCCUCCCAUCCACUGCUCAAAGCCUUUUGCAGUUAGAAGAGUUGAACAUUGAGAGAUGUGAUGCAUUGGAAUGCAUUGUAGAAGAUCAAAGUUCAAGAGGGGAAAUAGCUGGUGGUGAUGGUGACAAUGAUCAAAAGAGCUACGACACUCUGUUUCCAAAGUUUAAAAUUCUUAAAAUUGAUAGUUGUGACAAUUUAGAAAUAAUAUUGCCAAUCCUUCACGGUGGAUGGCCUCUGGAAAGAAUAAGCAUACGGUGGUGCAAGAAGUUGAAAUAUAUAUUUGAUAAGUUCCAAGAGGUCAAUCUUAUGCUCCCCUCUCUCGAAAGAAUGGGACUUUUUGGCCUACCAAGUUUGGUUGGUUUUUUUAGGGAGUAUGAAAAAUCCAUCUUUUCAUCACUGCAACAGCCAGCACCCAUGCCUCCAAGCACCAAGACACGUUCUUUUUCUUGGGCUCAAGUAUGUUGUUUUAAAUCAAAGGCGACAAGUGAAGAGGCUGUUGAUGCUGUUUCUACAGAGAGAUUGCUUGAUGCUGUUUUAAAUUGCUUUGACGUGAAGAAUGCCUUUUCCAAUUUAGUUGGACUAUAUCUUUCUAAAAUGGAACUAAGCAAUAUAUUAUUUAAUGGCCACUAUAACCUGUCUCAUCUGAAGACCUUGAAUUUGGACGAGUGUCCAAACCUGACGUCAAUUUUUCUCCCAUCCACUGCUCAAGGUCUUUUGCAGUUAGAAGAGUUGAACAUUGAGGGAUGUGAUGCAUUGGAAUGCAUUGUAGAAGAUAAGAGCUCAAGCGGGGAAAUAGCUGGUGGUGAUGGUGACAAUGAUCAAAAGCGCUACGACACUCUGUUUCCAAAGUUUAAAAUUCUUGAAAUUUAUAGUUGUGACAAUUUAGAAAUAAUAUUGCCAAUCCUUCAUGGUGGAUGGCCUCUGGAAAGAAUAAGCAUACGGUGGUGCAAGAAGUUGAAAUAUAUAUUUGAUAAGUUCCAAGAGGUCAAUCUUAUGCUCCCCUCUCUCGAAAGAAUGGAACUUUUUGGCCUACCAAGUUUGGUUGGUUUUUUCAGGGAGUAUGAAAAAUCCAUCUCUUCACUGCAACAGCCAGCACCCAUGCCUCCAAGCACCAAGACACGUUCUUUUUCUUGGGCUCAAGUAUGUUGUUUUAAAUCAAAGGCGACACGUGAAGAGGCUGUUGAUGCUGUUUCUACAGAGAGAUUGCUUGAUGAAGGAAUCCCACAGGAGGCACCAACUCAUACAAGUCCCAACCUCAAUGUUCUUCCUACAAGGGACAAUACUUAUGCAAGUGCCAAAAGUUUUGAAGAGAAUGAAGAGGAAGAAGAAGAUGACCUAGCUAUGCCACCUGUAACAAUUAUUUCAAGCGAGCAAGCUUCGGAGGCAAUCUUGCCAUUGAGUCCUAUGUCAACAAAAGCUUCAACAAGCAGUGAUCAAACACUUUCAUCCGUUCUCUCCAAGCCUUCCAAUGAAGCUACAACUACUCAGCUUUCUGAUCACUCCCAAAAUCAAGAUUCUGAAGUUAGGGAAGAGGCAGAGCAUAAUCUUUCUCCCCAUUCAAAUGGAAGACAAGCCAUGGAACCACAACAAUCCACAAUUGGUUCCUUAAAUUUCACAAUAGUUGAGCUGGGGGCCAAAGAGAAGAAAGAAACAAUCAUGACGGAACCACAAUCACGACAAGAAACAAUAGUACAUGAUAUACAAUCUCAUGAGAAAGAGGAAGAGGGAAGAGAAGAGAAGAUGCCUUCUCUUUUGGAAGCCAAUAAUCAAGCUUCGACUAUUUCUGGAGUACAAGAAAUAGUCGAUAUGAUGAAGUUGGAGGGUUUUGAACAUUUAAUAUUUGCAAAGGCACUUGAGACUCACCCACAACUUCGGCUCUCUACAAAAGAUCGAAGCGCUCGAGUGUUACACAUGUCCUACAGGGUAUUGCUUGAUAUCUUGAACAUUCUAACCACCAGGACUCCUUUCACUAUCACCGAGGCAGACAAGAGGAUGCUAGCUGAGCAUUUGAAGGAUGCUUAUCUUUUGGGUUUUGACAAGGAUUGGAUUGAGUCUAUAAAGAAUAAGGUUUUUUAUGGUGAGAUAUGUGAAGUUGAUAGCAUCCAAAAUGUUCUAGAGGGUUUAGACAAUGAUCUGAAGAGCAAUGAGGCAAUGCUUAAAGCCAUUUGUCAUGAGGAAGUUGAGGCUGCAAGAGUGGCACAAGUGGCUCAACAAGAGCAUGCCAAUGUUAUGGCUCGUCAUGCUUAUCUUUUAAAGGAACGUCAAGAUAUUAUAGAACGAAGGGAACAAUGUUGGGAGAUAAUUGCUGCUAAAUAUAGGCCUUUUGGAUUUUAG